AUGGAAGGUGGCAAAGAAUCUUGGGUCCUCACGGCAGGCAGAGUGGACCCUUCAGCAACAAAAUAUAACAGUGCUGAAAAUACUCCUGCACAAACAGCCUGUGGCCGACCCAAAGUGCACUCCCCUCGGAUCGUUGGAGGCCGAAAGGCUGAAGAAGGGGAAUGGCCCUGGCAAGUCAGCAUCCGAGAAAACAGGCUACAUGUGUGUGGUGGGAGCCUCAUCUCAUCCCAGUGGGUGCUGACAGCUGCUCAUUGCUUUGAUGGACCGCUGAAUCCAUUUCUGUACCGAGUGCACCUGGGAGAAUACGAGCUUCCCAGACCUGCAAAGACCAUGAUCUCCUCUGCCAUCAACCGGAUUAUCGUGUACCCACAUUAUGCUGGAGAUGGACUCAGUGGCGACAUUGCACUGGUUCAGCUGAAGGAGCCGGUCAAUUUCUCCCGAACCAUUAUGCCCGUCUGCCUACCCAGUAUUUCAGAUCCAGAACCCUUCCCUGCUGGGAAGUCGUGUUGGGUCACAGGGUGGGGCAACCUCUACCCAGAUGCUCCCUUCCUCACUAGGACCCUACAGGAGCUGGAGGUGCCGAUCAUAGGUGUAGAUGAGUGUGACCGAAUGUAUCACAAUGACUCCGAUUCUGACAGUGAGACUGAGACUGUACCCAAAGGCUACAGGCUGAUUUAUGAGGACAUGAUCUGUGCUGGGUUUCCAGAAGGAAAGAAGGACUCCUGCCAGGGUGACUCUGGGGGACCUCUAGCCUGCAAAAAAAAUGACACUUGGUUUCUGGCUGGAGUGGUCAGCUUUGGGUUGAGCUGUUCGGAGCCGAACCGACCCGGAGUCUAUACCCGAGUCACCUCCUACAUGGAUUGGAUUCAGCACACCAUUGUGAAGAAUACAGACUCUAGUGGCAACACACAUCUUUCAAAUGCAAAUUCUAGCAGCCUCUUGGUUUUGCUCCUUCUUGUGGGUGCUUUGCCCAUUUGGGCCCUUUAGCGUGACUGAUCUGAAACUGGCUAAAAGCAAGAUUAAAAUGAAAGUUCUGUAUCACAUUUAUUGCAUAGUAUUAUAUCCCUCCUAAAUUCUAGUGAUGCCUGCAAACACACAAAUGUGUUUGAUAUGAUGGAACGUAUAGAAUCAUAGAAUAAUUGAAUUGGAAGGGGCCUAUAAGGCCAUCGAGUCCAAACCCCUGCUCAAUGCAAGAAUCCAAGUCAAAGCAGAUCUGACAGCUGGUUGUCCAAUUUUCUCUCUUAUGCCUGUACUUAAGGACACAACCUGCUAUGGGUUUAUCUUGGUAACUAUGAUAGUUUCUCUAGUAAUUUAAUUUCAACUGAAAUGCAAGCUAAGUAUUUUUUUAUACUGAAAUAAAUGUUUUGAAAAAGAAGAAAACUAUGGACAGGAUCCGGUUGUAGAUAUCUGGUGCUGGAACAGAAGAAUCCGUCUCUUCUCCAUUUCAGGUGAUACCAAAACCAGCUCUGGAAGACUGCAAACUCUACCAGACAUAUUUGUUUGGCUAUACAAAGAGCUGCAGACGGAAUGGGAAGGGC